GAGCACUUCUAUGCAGAUUAGGAAAAACAAAAGAAACACACUUUCAUCAAUGGGUGCAGUUGAAUAAAAAGAAAAAUUACAUAAAAUCAGAGUCAAAUGAAAUAAAAUAAGAACGUAAGGGUGUUUCUGCAAAACUGUCAAUAGUACAGAUUAAAAAAAAAAAAAAAGGAAAAGUGCAACAACACUGAAAUGAAAGUCGUCGAUUCUCCUCAUUUCCACAACGCCCAGAUCUCCACUGACCAAAAAAGAAAAAAAGAAAAAACUCCAUCCAACGAUCAAGGAUCCAAUCACCAACGGUGCACUCGAAAGCACACAAUUAUCGCCUCUCUUCUCUUUUCUCCUUCACUUUCUUUAUAUAAAUCUCUCUCUCCACACGCCGCCACUGUAAUUCAGUGAAGUCACUGAAAUUAAUAAUAAUCCAAAAAAAGAAAGCAAAAAUAUUUAAAAGAUAAAAAUAAAUAAAUAAAUAAAAUAAAAAAGCCAAAGCUGACACCAUAUACAUACUCGCACAGCUCACUUGCUUUAACCAAAUAUAUAAAUUAAUUAAUAAAUGCACACACAAACACACCAAAGGCAGCAAGCAAGUCUACUUUCUCUCCCUAGCUGCACGUUUCCCAAUGAUAACAACCAACCAUCACCGUCACCGGUAAUUUCAUGGCGGACCAAAACGACGUAGUUACACAAACCUUCCGAGCUUUAAUAGAAAGCGCAGACCGGAAGUUCGCACGUGUCAGAGACCUACCGUCGUACGGACGCACUCCGCAGAACCACUAUUUCCAGAAAGUGUUCAAAGCGUACAUGAGGUUAUGGAAGUACCAGCAAGAAAACCGGUCAAAGUUGGUUGACUCCGGUUUGAACCGGUGGGAGAUAGGGGAGAUCGCUAGCCGGAUCGGUCAGCUUUACUUUAACCAGUAUAUGAGAACAAGUGAAGCGAGGUUCUUAGUUGAAGCGUAUGUGUUUUAUGAAGCAAUUUUAAAUCGGAGAUAUUUUGAAGGAGGAGCUAAUAAAGCGAAGGAUAUUGGUGUUAGGUUUAAAGAGCUGAGAUUUUAUGCGAGGUUUUUGCUUGUUUCUUUGAUUUUGAACCGUAUAGAUAUGGUUCUCUUGCUUGUUGACAGGUUUAGAAGUCUUGUUGAUGAUUGCAAGUCUAAUUUCAAGGAAACAAACUUCAAAGAAUGGAAGCUAGUGGUGCAAGAAAUAACCCGCUUUAUGGAAGUUGAUAGUGCCUUUGAAAAUGCUAGGCCUUUGCGGUAUUCUGUUUUGCUUGAUACACAUCCAACUUCUCGUCCAUAUGUUGCCCGUUUCCAUGCAAGGAAGGUCCUAAAAUUUAAAGAUGCACUCCUCACAAGCUAUCAUAGGAGUGAGGUUAAAUUUGCAGAACUUACUCUGGACACCUACAGAAUGCUGCAGUGCUUGGAAUGGGAGCCGAGUGGGUCUUUCUACCAAAAACGUCCAGUUGAAUCAAUCUACCAAAAGCGACCGGUUGAAUCCUACGAGAAUGGCUCUGUAACUGAUCAUUCUGGAGCUUCUGGAUUAAUUGAUAUAAACUUGGCUGUAGAUAUGACUGAUCCAACUUUACCGCCAAAUCCUAGGAAAGCUGUUCUUUAUCGUCCUUCUGUGACACAUUUGCUAGCGGUUAUGGCAACAAUUUGUGAGGAGCUCCCUCCAGAAAGCAUUAUGCUAAUAUAUAUAUCAGCCUCAGGUAAGGCUGGUCAAAGUUAUGUUUCUCAAACAGAUAGCUCUGGAGGAUCAAGGAAGUCUUCGAAAAGCAAAGUUGUCUCUGGUACAUCCAGUGAGCAGAAUAGUUCUGCUUCUGAAGUUCAUAGUAAUGGCAAGCGAGAUUCAAAUGACUAUCAUGACAAUUAUCUUUGGUUAUGUCCCAGGGGAACUGGUGGCUCAAAUGCCCUUUAUCCUGGUGAUAUAAUCCCCUUCACUCGAAGACCACUUUUUUUGAUCAUUGAUAGCGAUAGCAGCCAUGCUUUCAAGGUCUUGCAUGGUGCUGAAAGGGGAGAGCCAGUUGCCUUGCUACUUUCACCUUUGAAGCAGACAUUCAGGAACCUAUCUGAUGUUAGUACAACCCACAGUGGAAGCCAGUUCACCUUUUUCUUGACUGCUCCUCUACAAGCAUUUUGCCAGAUGGUUGGCCUCACAUCUGUCGAUAUUGAUACAGAUGUUUAUAGCGAUGCUGAGGAGAUACUUUGCAAUGUCUUUGCCGAGUGGGAAGUGAUUCUCUGUAAACUAACUAGCCUGGAUCUGGUUUGGGCACAAGUUUUAUCUGAUCCAUUUCUGCGGCGGCUUAUUCUAAGGUUUAUAUUCUGCCGGUCUGUUCUGUCUCUAUUCUGUAUGCCACAAGAUAAUGAGCAAUAUUUGCCUGUUUGCCUGCCUCAUCUUCCCAAUUCUGUCUCUCCGAGCUCCGAAAUUGUACGCUCAGCUGUCAUCCGACUUGCAAAUCACCUGAAGGUUGCUGAUUAUUUUCACGUUGAUGGUAUGUAGUUAGGAUCAUUAAGUGUUGAGAAGAAACUUAAAGAGGGACAGAAUCACACGGUUUAGGCAAUAAAAGAGUUCCAUUCACUUGAUGAGAUGGGUAAAUCCUCAAUUUAACCAGCUGGCUUUUAGAGGCCCUUACGAGGAAUAUAAACUGGUGAUGGAGCACAAGCCGGCAAAUAGAGAAAAAAAUUACGUCAGGCAUGGUUGCUUCUGCUUGUUUUAUCACUUUGAUCAACCUUGCCAAUUUUUUAGUGUGUAUGCGGAAAUCAUGUUCUUGUCUUCUGCUAUGGUUAGAUGGAUGCUUGAUGAAAUGCAGGUGUGUAAGUAUAGCUAUUUAAUUCUUUAGGUGCUGAUUGGUGUAUAAUCUAAUUGUUUUUUAUGCUUUGUUAGAGCUGUUUUCAAGCAGUGCUAGUCUCUUUUGUACCUUUGUAAAAGAAAAGCAGGUAGUCAAAAUGUUCCUCUUUUUUUUUUUCCCUUUUAA